CUCAAGGACAUCACCCACCAUUAACAUCAUCAAGCAUAAGAGAAAAAGAAAAGAAAAGAAAAGAAAAAAGCACCAUCCUCUCUUCUUUUCACUUCUCUCUCUCUCUCUCUCUCUUCUGAAUUGUCAUAUUUUGAAGUAGCAUUCUUUCCAUUCCCUUUAGUCCUUAUUUCACUUACCCUUCUGGACUAAAUAUUAGAAAAGAAGAGACAGAUUCUUCAUUCAUCUUUAUUCAAUUCCUCAUCAACAUCUCUCUUUUGCUCAUUCUCGUUUGAAACCUUUUCUUUUUCCUUGCUCCUGAAAAGAAAAAAGUUAUUCGAAUAGGGCGUGUGUGUGCAAGAGUUUCACUCCACAUCAGCCUCUUUUUACUAUAACUUAAAGACAAACAACCACGGUUUAUAGCCAUGGAUAAAGACUCGACCGACUAUGGGUCUGAGCAGUUGGAAACUGAUUCCCAAAUCAGCACGUUCACCACUGCCUUGCUCUUCAACGCAGCAGUAGCAGCCGGCAUUUUUGUUGCCUUCUGCAUUGUUCGUCAUUGGAGCAAGCGAAUUUAUCAACCCAGAACAUAUCUUGUCAAUGAAGAUAUACGAUCCACAGAAUUACCUGAUGGUAUCUUUAGCUGGGUCACAGCCUCCUUCAAGGUCCAGGAUAGUGACCUUGUCGAACGCAUUGGUCUGGAUGCCUACAUGUUCACUCGUUUCCUCAGGAUGUCUGCCAUCCUCUUUAGCGGAUUCACAUUAAUUUCUAUCCCUAUCCUCAUCCCUCUGAAUAUCGUCAAUGGUGUUAAGAAGGAAGGACUGAUGGCUAUGACAGUCGGAAACGUGGCACAAAGCUGGCGUCUGUGGUUUCAUUUGGCACUAACCAUCAUCUUCUCAUGCGCUACUGUCUACAUGUUGUGGAAAGAGAUGGUCGAGUAUACUCGUCGUCGUCAUGUUUAUCUCCUGAGUGAAAAGCACGCAAAGACUCCUCAGUCAACCACCAUUCUUGUUACGGGUAUCCCACAUGGACUUGACACAGAAGAUGCACUCUAUGACAUCUUUAAACAUUUUCCCGGUGGUAUUCGCUCCAUCUGGAUAAACAAGAAUCCAAAGAAAUUGACUAAGCUUUGUGAGGAGCGUGAUCAGGUCACAGUCAAACUGGAGAAUGCCGAGUAUAAUUACAUUCGAUCUGCUUAUGAUACAAAGAACAAAAAAGGCGAAACCGAUGUUAAGGAAGCUCAAAGACCUAUCGGUCGCACCUCCAUGAUUCCUUUCUAUGGCCCCAAAGUCGACUUGAUUGAUUUUUAUACUAAACGCCUCCAUGAGCUCAAUCAGGAGAUCGAACAACUUCAAAAGACAGACACUUCGACCAACCUAAACUCGGCUUUUAUUCAGUUUAAUACUCAAUUCGCAGCUCACAGUGCUGUCCAGACCGUGGUUCAUCCAACACCCUUCCGAAUGGCGCCCAUGUUUGUAGAGAUCUCACCUCUGGAUGUCGUUUGGGACAAUCUUAAUUUGAGCACUGUUUCUCGCAAAGUUCGUACAAUCAUCUCCAUGACCGCAGCAACUGCACUAGCCAUCUUCUGGUUCAUUCCCGUUUUUUUCGUAGCAGGUAUCUCUUCAAUCGGAGCAUUGACGGCAAAAUUGCCUUUUCUCUCCUUCUUGCUCGAUAUGCCCGAAUGGUUCACAGGUAUUAUCCAGGGUAUUCUACCUCCCGUCUUCUUGGCCAUCCUUAUGGCUGUCUUGCCUAUGAUCCUGACUUUUUUGUCAACAUUUGAGGGUCAUGUUCGCCACAGCACUAUCACACUCGCUGUUAUGAAGAAAUAUUUUAUGUUCCUUGUGAUCAACGUCUUGCUAGUCUCUACAUUCGCUGGAGGUGUCUUAAAGACUUUUGGUGGGAUCGACAAAAAUGUCGACAUCAUCAAAAUAAUUGGAAUUCUAGCCCAGAAACUCCCUGCUGCAUCGACCUUUUUUGUGACUUAUGCAUUGCUUCAAGGAUUCGUUGGACCCAUGAAGGAGUUGCUUCAAAUUGCGCCAUUGAUCCUCAACUUUUUGUUCACUAAAUUGUUGGCCAAGAGCCCACGCCAGAUCUGGAAUGUCCAGGGCCGUAUCAGCUCCGUCAACUUUGGCGUUCUGUUCCCUCCACAGACCCUGAUGUUUAGCGUCGGUAUCCUAUAUUCAACUCUGGCGCCCUUAGUCCUGCCAUUUGUAGCAUUCUACUUCGUUUCAUACUAUUUUGUUUACCGCCAUCAGUUCUUGUAUGUUUACCAGCAACCGGUUGAGACUGGCGGGUUGGCUUUCCCAAUUGCAGUCAAGCAGGCUUACACGGGUCUUUUCAUCUUCGAAAUUACAGUCUUUGGUAUUUUCUUGCUGAAGAUUGCGGAUGGCGUCAAUACCAUUGCUCACCUAGUUAUCCUUCUCCUAUUGAUCGUUGCGACCGCUAUCUCAUACGUCAAUUUGAACGAGGCCUUUAACCCUCUUGUCACAUACUUGCCUGUCGCGCUCUUCUCCAAGGAUCUGAAGAUGGACAAGGAUGGUGUUUUGAGAGAAAAAGAACAUCCAAAAGCCAUUCAAGAUGAAGAGGCAGGACUUUCUGAAAAGGCCCCCAUAACAAUGGUCAGUGGCCUCCAUGGUGCCAAAGUGGGAGCGAUGAGUGGUGGAAAGCAAGAAUAUGAUGAAGUAGCUGAAGUCUCCUCGCAACUACCAGCAGUACCGACGCCCAAUCCUUCUGUCGUCGAUUCUGUCUCGUAUUCUCAUCAUCAAUCUCUUCAUCCAUCUAUUGGUCGUCCAUCUGUUGUCGAUCACUCUGGCCGCAGCUUUGCCCAUACAGAUGGACGGGAAGAAACACUUUCAAUCCGUUCAGAUGUUGGUGUUGAUCCUGAGCUUCGGCGUCUUCAGGAGCAGGCCUAUCUCCAUCCAGCCAUCUAUAGCCGACAGAUGCCUAUUUGGCUCCCACAAGAUGAUCGGGGAUUGGUAUCUCAAGAGAUGGCCCGUCUUUCAGAGCAAGGCAUCACUGUUUCCACCGCCGGCGCUGGAUUGGAUGCCAAUACUGCCAAGGCUCAUGUCAAUGGCAUCCUAUAUGCACCCGGCGAGGAGUCGCGUUAUCGUUUGGAGCGUGGCGUGUAAAAUAAGAAACAGAAAAAAAAAAGAUUGAGUCAGGCAAGGUACUCAACCUAACCCAACAUUUAUUUCUAAUCUGGGCAUUCGUAAUCGUCACAAUAAUAAAAAGUAUCACCAGAG